AUGGACAUGGUGGUUGUCCUUCUCUUGGCAGCUUUGCUGCAAGAGCCGGUUUCAGGCAGCCUGUACGGCCCCAGGUUUUUGACAGGUGGGCUCGGAGGCUCCGUCACCCACCAGUGCUUCUACUCCAUCACACCAGCCAACAAACACGACCGAAAGUACUGGUGCAAGGUAGCAGAAAACGGGGUCUGCUACACCAUCAUCUCCUCAACCGCCCCCGCCUCCCGGGAGUACGAGGGGCGGCUGUCCCUGCAGGACAUCCCCCAGAACGGCACCUUCGCGGUGACGAUGACAGGGCUGAGGAGCAGCGACACGGGCAGGUACCGCUGUGGCAUCGGCCCCACCAGGGGGGGCCUGCACGUCAGCCUGAACCUGACGGUUCUGCCAGAUGCCCCUGUGUCGAGGCCCAUCCAGGUCGUCCAGGGGAAGCUCCGUGGCUCUGUCACAGUCCUGUGCCCCUCUGGGGACACCCAAAGCGGUGGGAGGAGGUUCUGGUGCAAAGUGGGAAGAACCAGCUGCACUCUCCUGGCCGACUCCGACGGCUACGUGGAAAGGAGAUACCACGGACGAAUCUUCAUCACCCCUCGGGAGAGCUCUGGAGCUUUCAAAGUCCUGAUAAAUGACCUAACAAAGGAAGACUCGGGGCUGUACCUGUGUGGGGUGGAAAGGCUGGAUGGUGGGGACAGCCCACAGGAGGUGGCUCUGCAGGUGACCACAGCCUCCGCUCUUCCCAGGAGAUCCAAAUUUCUCAGCGGCACAGUGGGAGGCUCGCUGUCCUUCCAGUGCCACCAUGACCCCGAGGGGAGCUACGAGAAGAAGUAUCUGUGCAGGUGGGAGGAAGGGAGCUGCUCCCUGCUCCUGGACACCGACGGGUUUGUGCACGAGUCCUACAAAGGGCGGAUCCAAACGACCCGCAGCGACCCCGAGCACGGGACCUACACGGUGCUGAUGAGCCAGCUGAGAGAGGAGGACUCAGGCUGGUACUGGUGCAGGGCUAAGAGUGGGCACACAGAGCACACGUCCUCUGUGAAGCUGCACAUCCAGAAGGAAAUCUGCUCUUCACGAGACCCAGAAACCACCACUCCUGUCCAGUCCACUUCAUCAAGUCCGGCUGCCUCCAGCACACCCACAAAGAGGAGAAUCACAGGCCUGGUGUACGUGAUGGGCACUGCCACCAGGAGCACCACGGUGGGCACUGUCACCAAGACAACCAGCACCCUGCUGCCCACUGCCACCCCUGGCACCUCUGGAACCUCCCCAGCUGAAACCUAUCAGGAGAGCUCCUCAGGUGAAUCCCGUCUGCUCCCAGUUGUGCUGCCAGCUCUUGCUUUGCUGAUUGGCAUCACCAUCACUCUUCUCACCCUGGUCAAAAUAAAACUUCGAAAGAAGAGGGGAGUAGAAAGAAGCACCACUGGAAACCUGGAGGCAGCAACAGCUCAGGCUGGUCCAAGUCCUGCAAAAGAGCAAACAGUGGAGGAAACCUCGAGUCCAGGAAAAGUGCAGGAAUGCAAGAUGGACUCUGGCAAAUGUAGGAAAAUCUAUGCUAUCCUUGGAAGAUUCAGGAUCACCAAUUUAUGUCCACCCUAUGGGGAAAAACUGCUUUUCAAGGUGACUGAUGAAGACUUGAGCCAGAACCUGCUGUGA